CCUGAAAAUUCGUCGAAUCAGCUGAGUGCUGACUUCAAAAUGAAGCGGCAGAUUUAUAACCCCCCAAAACUUCCACCGUCAUUCUCACUUCCAUCAUAUUGCGACCAAACAUUAGAAUGAAACCAUAAUUCUGGACUAGAAAUUCAAACAGUUUUUGACCGAAAGGUGCAAUUUUUGUUUUUCACAGAGGGAGUGUUGCAAAGGUAAAAUGGGAGAUGCUGUGGCGGUGCGGCUGACCCCGGAGGAAGAAAAGCAAACCAUCAGGGAAAUUACUACGGCUUCCGAAGCGCGUACCAAAGCCGGCGACACAUUCUACCUGAUCACGCUGAGAUGGUGGCAAGAUUGGCUCAAAUAUGUAAAUCAAAGCCGAACAAGUGUUAUGAAAAAUGGAUCUAUCUCUGAGCAUCACAAUUCUGGUUCAAGUGCAAUGAUGAGGCCUCCAAGCAUUGAAAAUUCAGAUUUGAUUUAUGAAACAGCAUCUGAGGAUUCUGCUAAGGCUAUUGAGCUUCAAGAUGCCUUAGUUGAAGGCACAGAUUAUAUAUUGCUUCCUGAAGGAGUUUGGAAUCAAUUAUAUUCAUGGUAUGGAGGUGGCCCCGUAUUGGCUCGAAAAGUAAUUGACUCUGGUCUUUCUCAAACAGAAUUGUCCAUAGAAGUUUAUCCAUUACGGCUUCAAUUGCAUCUGAUGCCUAAAGGUGAUCGAUCUACAAUAAGAAUUAGCAAAAAGGAAACCAUCGGUGGACUUCACAGAAAAGCUUGUGAGAUAUUUGAUCUUAAACCUAAGCAAGUAUAUUUUUGGGACUACUAUGGUUGUCAGAAGUAUUCUUUGAUGAAUGACAUGGAAAAGACACUUGAUGGCGCAAAUAUACAAAUGGAUCAGGAUCAGAUUUUAGUGGAGGUUAUCAAUGGUAACUCUGGUCAUUGCGUGGGUUCUGUCCAGGAGAAUGGAUCUGCAGACAAUGGGAUCUUAGUUGUUGCUGCUUCACAGUCUAGUUCGUUAACUGCAGGCGGUCUUUAUGCGAACAGAUAUUUAUCACGAAAUGGUAACUUAGAGUCGUUGCAGAAUACAAAUGUUGAGAAGGCAUACGGAUCAAGUAGUGUUAUUACAAGAGGGUCUUCUUGUGGUCUUACUGGACUGUUGAAUCUGGGAAAUACUUGCUUUAUGAAUUGUGCAAUACAAUGUCUCGUUCAUACCCCUGAAUUUGCACGUUAUUUUCGAGACAAUUACCAUCAAGAAAUAAACCGUCAGAAUCCGUUGGGCAUGGUUGGUGAGCUUGCUUUAGCAUUUGGUGAGUUGCUUAGAAAAUUGUGGGCACCAGGGCGAACUCCAGUUGUCCCUAGAUCAUUUAAAGCAAAGCUUGCUCGCUUUGCACCGCAAUUUAGUGGAUGUAGUCAACAUGAUUCUCAGGAGCUCCUUGCAUUUUUGUUAGAUGGACUACAUGAAGAUUUAAAUCGUGUUAAACACAAACCAUAUAUUAAAUCUAGAGAUGCAGAUGGUCGACCUGAUGAAGAAGUUGCUGAUGAGUAUUGGGCAAAUCACAUUGCUCGUAAUGAUUCCAUAAUUGUGGAUGUGUGUCAAGGGCAAUACAAGUCAACUCUGGUUUGUCCUGUAUGUAAUAAAGUCUCAGUUACAUUUGAUCCAUUCAUGUAUCUUUCCUUGCCACUUCAAUCCACCAUCACUCGUAGCAUGACAGCAACUGUUUUCACUUGUGAUGGAAGUGCCCUCCCGGCUGCUUGUACUGUAUCUGUCCCAAAGCAGGGUCGUUGCAGGGAUUUGAUCCAAGCACUGAGCAAUGCUUGUUCCUUGCAACUCAAUGAGAAGCUUCUGCUUGCUGAGAUAAGAGGCCACUUGAUUUACCGGUUUUUGGAGGAUCCAUUGAUAUUGCUGUCAUCCAUAAAAGAUGAUGAUCACCUUGCUGCCUACAAGAUACCAAAAGACCUGAGGAAAACAAAGUUUCUUCAAUUGAUACACCGCCGUGGAGAGCAGGGCGCUGGUAAUUCUCAAAGCAAUAUGGGGUGGACGCCUUAUGGAACUCCUCUGGUUUCUCCCAUCUCAUGUGAUGAUACCAUAACUAGAGGUGAUAUCCAGCUGAUGGUUAACAAAAUGCUCUCGCCCAUGUUAAGAAAAAAUAACGCAGAAUAUCCAGGUAUAAAUUGUUCUUAUGCACCAGUGGCAACCUCAAAUCAAUCUCAUGUCGCUAGAUCUACUGAAUUUUGUGCCAAUUCAGAUGGUGCUGAUGCAAGACAAUCCUACGGUGGCAGUUUAAAACCAGUAACCUUCCAGAGACUUCCAUUGCAGUUGGUCGAUGAAAAUAAUGCUUGCGUAGAUUUAACUGUGGGUGAAGAUAUGGUGGUUAAGUUAUCAUCAUCAUCUAUGUCAAUCCUUAUAUUUGCUGAUUGGUCGCAAAAGCUUUUGGGAACUUACGAUACCAGCCACUUAGAAACCUUGCCAGAAGUUUGUAAAUAUGGGCAUGUAAGCAAGAAAGCUCGAACUGAACCUCUCUCACUGUACACUUGUUUGGAAGCUUUUCUACGGGAAGAGCCAUUGGUCCCUGAAGACAUGUGGUAUUGUCCCGAGUGCAAGGAGAGGCGCCAAGCAAGCAAGAAGCUGGAUCUUUGGAGGCUUCCUGAAGUGCUGGUUAUACAUCUAAAAAGGUUCUAUUACAGCAGAUCGAUAAAGCAUAAGCUAGACACAUUUGUAAAUUUUCCUAUUCACGACUUCGAUUUGACAAAUUACAUAGCCAACAAGAACUCCCCCUGUCAGAUCUAUGAACUCUACGCCUUGACAAAUCAUUACGGUAGCAUGGGAAGUGGGCACUAUACAGCACAUAUUAAGCGCAGCUUCUUGACGAAAAUAGGUGGUAUAACUUUGACGACAAUCACAUAUCAGUAAUCAACGAAGAAGACGUAAAAUCAGCCGCUGCGUAUGUGCUAUUCUACAGAAGGGUAUAUUUAGAUAAAUCUUCUGUAAGUAAUGGUGCAUACUACACCGUUGAAUGCCAGAACUCCCAUAACUGAUAAAUCGAGGUGGACAUCAUCUGUUUAUAGUGAAAGUGUUAUAUUUCUAUUACAAAAUAUUUAGACCUUUAUAAUCCAUAGAAAUUCUGAGGUUACAUAGAUGUAUCAUAGGAUAGAACAGUUAUCUCGGAUAAGAUUUUGCAUUUGGUGACUCGGUAUGAAUAUAAGAAUUUGAUGAAUUAUCGUACUUCAACUAGUUUGGUUUUAGCUUUUUGUUUUUAUAUGUGAGAUAUAAUUAUUAGA